AUGUACUGUGGCAUUGAUCUGCUUGCUGCCGAAGUGGGCAACACGGUCGAAGCAAGCGUCUCGGAUUGCAUGGACCACUGCUCAUGGUUUCAACCCCGUUGCUUCGGCGUCACAUAUUACACCCAAAACCAAACAUGCUCCUACAAAGGCGAUGGCGUCAACUCGACCAUGCUGAGCACGUCGAAGAGUGACAAUGUCAACGUCAACAGCGCGAUCGCAUACGCAAAUCAAAUGGUGGCAUUGGACGGGACCUGUCCGUACCAAAACAACUCGGUGAUUGAAACCAGCGAAGGCAUGCCUUUCCGUAUAGUCUGUGAUCAGGAUAUGGCCGGCUGGGGCGACUACUUUCCUUGGGGAUAUGAUUAUCGACCACAUACGGAAACGAUGAGCGAGUGCAUGGAGAUCUGCUCCCAAGCGCACCCCUUAUGUCUCGGGGUAUCAUGGAACUCGGACCUAAGCGCUGGGUUCGGAAACUGCUACCUGAAAAACUCACAAAAUGGAUCUCUUUCCAGUGACACAAUACAUACACACUCCGCCCUAGUCAAUCUGCCGUCACUUGAUGCAUGUGAUUCAGUGUCCGACCCACAACAAAUCUUCAGCAACGACAAAACUUUCAACGUGACGUGCUUUGAAGGCCGGGUCGGAAGCAGCAACAUCACAUCGGUAUAUAGCGCGAAUAUUACGGGGUGUAUUGACGAAUGUGCAACGUACAAUGGGACAGAAUCUUGUCUUGCCGUCUUCUACGACAAUUCAUUUGACGAUGGAUUUGAAAACUGCUAUUUGUUGAAUGAUACGGGCACGGAAAUCGCUCCGUUGAAUUCUACCUACGCCGAACUUGUUUCAAGUGAUAAUUCGACCUCUACGUCUACGCCAGAUAGCAGCGACAACUCUUCAUCUAGUAAAGCGUGGGUCGCAGGCCCUGUUGUUGGCGCGGUAGCGGCUGUGACGAUCGUUGCAUUGGGAUUUCUCUGGUGGAGAAGAAGAGCAGGACGACGGCAAGAUACGAAAUUUACACCUAUAGAGCUAGAUCAGAGUCCUCCGCCGCAUAAGCCUGUGGAACUUUCGGGACUAUCUCAAAACCGUGUGCCGGAGAUGGACGGGGAAACGGUCGUGAGGCAUGAAUUGGCAUGA